GUCUAUCUGUCACUUCAUUCAAUGAUCAACCGCAAAACAUAAAAAAUCUACGACGUUGCGAUGGCUCCUGCAGGAAAGCAGAAGAGCAUUGUGUUCUUCCAUCCUGAUUUAGGCAUUGGUGGUGCCGAACGACUUGUUAUAGAUGCCGCGGUAGGACUACAAAAUCGAGGACACAAAAUUGUUAUAUUCACCAGCCAUUGCGAUCCUAAACAUUGCUUUGAUGAAGCUCGAGAUGGUUAGUUGGAUGGUGGAAUUCUUGCUAUUACUGCAAAUACUUAUUGUAGAUAGGUACACUUGAUGUGCGAGUGCGGGGAAACUGGCUUUUUCCAUCCUCGAUCCUGUCUCGAUUCUCUAUCAUUUGCGCCAUUCUUCGACAACUACAUCUUAUAGUGUGGGCAUAUUUUACCUCAGAAAUCAGCGACCUGAAACCCGAUGCUUUCUUCGUGGAUCAGCUGAGUGCUGGCGUACCAUGGCUACGAUUCUUUUAUCCCAAAACUCGAAUAUUCUUCUAUUGUCAUUUCCCCGACCUGUUACUCGCGCAGGGAAGGACCCAUUGGUUGAAACGCGCAUAUAGAAUACCGUUUGACUUUUUGGAGCAAUGGAGUAUGAGUUACGCAGACUCAAUUGCGGUUAAUUCUGGAUUUACAAAAAGUAUGGUGGAACAGGUAUUUCCCGACUUGGCUAGGGAGAAAGAUUUACAGAUUGUACAUCCAUGUGUAGAUGUGAAUCCAAAGAAAACUGAGACCAAGGAUGAUGCGGUUCCAGUUUGGCAAGAUAGAAAUAUUUUGUUAAGCAUCAACCGAUUCGAAAAGAAGAAGGAUAUUGGUCUUGCAAUCAAGGCAUAUGCGGGAUUGGGCAAGCAUGGGAGACAGGGAGUGAGAUUGGUACUUGCUGGUAGGGCAUAUUUCCAUCAUUGUAUAAAGCACACUGACAUGGUUGCCAGGUGGAUAUGACAACCGAGUUAUGGAGAACGUCGUAUAUCACAAGGAACUUGACAAAUUAGCUACCGGGCUUGGAUUGAAGACGGCCACGACAAAAACUAUUGUUACAGCAUUAAACGUCCCUGAUGAUGUGGAUGUUCUGUUUUUGUUAUCAGUGCCAAAUACUUUGAAGGAGAUGCUGCUCAAUUCGGCACGACUUUUGAUAUAUACCCCUUCUAACGAGCAUUUUGGGAUCGUGCCUUUGGAGGCAAUGUUAGCCGGCGUGCCAGUAUUAGCUGCAAACACAGGAGGGCCACUAGAGACAGUAGUAGAAGUGAAGACCGGUUGGCUUUGUCCGCCUGAUGAGGUUGAACGAUGGACGGCUGUCAUGGAUAAGGUUCUGAACAAAAUGACGGAUGACCAGGUCAAGAAGAUGGGAGUUGCCGGUGUAGAAAGGGUCAAAAAUGAGUUUUCUGAUGUCAAAAUGGCCGAGAGAAUUGAUGGAUUGAUUGAUGGGAUGGCGAAUGUACCAAGGAAGAGUGCUCUACAGUUAUCUUCAUUCUUGAUGACUAUUGGCAUAGUUCUGUUGGAUAUUACGUACUGGUGUGCGGGCCAAAACGAAUCAGUCAACAAAAAGCUGGACAAGAUUCCGUUGCCUCCGUUCGCUCUUACCCUGGUAUCAUUGAUAUCUUGGGCUAUAUAUUUUGUAGUUAAGAUCCAGACUAAGUCGAGUCCGCAACAAUCGAGUAGAUGAGAAUGAGUAGAAUAUAUUAAUCAAUGAUAGAAUCCCACUUUGUAGAAUCUCAUGAUAGGAAUAUAUUUGCAGGAUGAAAAAGGGGUUUGCUAACAUAUAAUUAAUUGGCUGUAAGUGACCGAGGC